AUGUCUAUGCCUGUAUUUCCAUCAAAUUCGCCUCAAGUUCCUCAAGCCAUGCAACAAGUACAACAGCAACAACAGCAACAGCAGCAGCAACAACAACAGCAACAACAACAACAACAGCAACAGCAACAGCAACAACAACAGCAACAGCAACAAGAAAAAUUGGACAAUAUAUCUAAAGUGAAAACUCAAGUGAUUCAACUCAAAGAAUCAUUAAGUUGUGUACUUCGUGCAGCUUCAUAUACUCUACAACAAAAUCAUUAUAUUGACACAGGAUUAUUAAAAACUGUAGAAAUACCCGGUCCCCGAUUUGAGAAAACCAUUGAAGAAUUUUUUUCGAUUUGUGAUCAAAUUGAGUACAACCUGAAGACGGCCAUCGAGUGUCAACAACAAGGUGUAAGCAGUCAACGCUAUAUACCACUAAUGGUGUACCCUACAAGAACAGAACCAUUACCAGCUCAGGAGUUAAGUUCGCUUACAUAUCCUCAGUAUUUAAGCACUGUUCGAUCACAGAUUUCUUAUUUAAAAGAAGUUCAAGAAUUACUGCUGUCUACAACUCAAAAUAAUUCUAAUGAAUAA